AUGCUGUCCCACUCGCUGCGCACAACCGGCUCACUCGCGACACUCGCCACCCGGCGCACCCUCACCACCACCCCCGCCCGCCGCGCCCUCGCAGACCUCGAGGCACUCGCCGCAACCCACCCAUGGAGCGGGACAGCGACAGACGGGCAGCGCGCAACGACACACUUGAUUGGCGGGGAGUACACGACGGGCGACUCGACGCACUGGAUCGACGUCCAUGACCCCUCGACCCAGCGAGUCCUCACCCGUGUGCCCGAGUCGACGCCGCAGGUCCUCAAGCGUGCGGUGGACAAGGCCGAGGAGGCCUUCGACGAGUGGAAGGACUCGAGCAUCCUCAAGCGACAGGCUGUCAUGCUCAAGUCAGUCUGCGGGUCCUGUUCUGCGACGAGGACUUUACGGGACACUUCCUCCGGCGCCGACGGAAACGGUCGGUUCCAAUCCCUGAUCCGCGAACACCACGACGAGAUCGCGAGGUCCAUCGUGCUCGAGCAGGGCAAGACGUUUGCGGAUGCCAAGGGAGACGUUUUGCGCGGGUUGCAGGUCGUCGAGAACGCAUGCGGGAUUCCCUCGCUGUUGCUCGCCGACAAGCUCGAAGUCUCGAAGGACAUGGACACCUUUGUCCGCAAGGUCCCUCUCGGCGUCACCGCCGCCGUCUGCCCCUUCAACUUCCCCGCCAUGAUCCCCCUCUGGGCAAUGGGCAUGUCCAUCGCCUGCGGCAACUCUCUCAUCCUCAAGCCCUCGGAGCGCGACCCAGGCGCAACCAUGAUCCUCGCCGAACUUCUCGAGCAAGCCGGACUACCCAAAGGCGUGCUGCAAGUCGUCCAUGGGACGAUCGCGCCGGUCAAGUUCAUCUGUGAGGAGCCGAGGAUCAAGGCGAUUAGUUUUGUUGGAGGUGACAAGGCGGGUCAGUAUAUCUAUGAGACGGGCAGCAAGAACGGCAAGAGGGUGCAGGCGAACCUUGGAGCAAAGAACCACUGCAUCUUGAUGCCCGACGCGAACGCCAACUUUGCGCUCAACUCGAUUGUAGGCGCGGCGUUCGGCGCAGCAGGCCAACGCUGCAUGGCUCUCUCGACCCUCGUUGCGGUGGGCGAGUCGCAGACUUGGAUUGACGGACUCGUUGAGCGCGCGAAGAAGCUCAAGGUCGGGAACGGUUUCGACCCCGAAACCGAAGUUGGCCCGCUCAUCACCCCCGCGGCGAAAGAGCGCGUCGAGUCCCUCAUCCAGUCCUGCGCAGACCAGGGCGGGAAGAUCCUCCUCGACGGACGGGGCGCGAAGCCGAAGGGAUACGAGAAGGGCAACUUUGUUGGACCAACUAUCUUGGAAGCCACGACGGACAUGGAUUGCUACACCCAAGAGAUCUUCGGACCAGUUCUCACCAUCGUCAAAGCCGACACGCUCGACGACGCCAUCGCGUUGAUCAACCGCAACCGGUACGGGAACGGCUCGAGCGUCUUUACCAACUCGGGCGCGACGGCGAGGAGGUUCGAGAAGGAGAUCCAGGCGGGUCAGGUUGGCAUCAACGUCCCCAUCCCCGUCCCUCUCCCGAUGUUCUCGUGGUCGGGCAACAAGGGCUCGGUUCUCGGCGGCGCGUCGCUCUACGGCCCACGCGGCGUCGACUUCUGGACCCAGAACAAGACCGUCACCUCCUACUGGCGCGCCGAAGACGCGAUCGACACGCGCGCUACGACCGCGAUGCCUACUCACCACUGA